UAGCGAUGACCAGUGCUGCAAAGGAAGCUCACACUCGGCGUUGGGAGUUUCGUGUGGCAGCGGUGCUGUUUGGAAAAUCGGUUUUUCUCUUUCAAAAGGACUGACCAUAUAGCGGAAGGUUACGCGAUAGCCAUUCGGACGUCGGCUGUCGACGAGUUCAGUCCGUUUUCGUCUUGUUGAACUGCCCGGUUAAAUUCCGCAAAAGUGAUUUCAGUACCAGUAUUCUCGAACUUCAGAAUCGUGUUAAUUAUAGGAGCGUUGGAUUUUAAAAAAUUCAGAAGCUAAGCUUUUUCAGUUAACAUUGUCUAUCAUCCAGUAACACAAUCCGCUGUGGCAGUGUUUUCUUUCGUGUACAUUACUGAGUAGCGGACUUCACCUUAAUCUGGGUCAUAACCUCAAGGAAUGGGUGAAACGUGCCCGUGAUUUUUUUCUGUUGUAAAAAGAAAAAACGCGUUCAACGCCAUUUUGGCUUUUACACCUUUUUCUCGAACUAACACGUUUGUUCUAACCGCCUACCGAUGGUCUUCUAUUCUGAGCCUAUGGUGUGAUGCGUAUUACGUUUUUUUUCGAUCGAUCUCAGCGCGGUUAAUAUUCAUGAGAAAAAGCUUUUCCUGCGAUAGAGCAGCAAUUUUCCAACGCUCCAAGCCGUACUCAAGAGUAGGAAAUUAACAGAAGUGCCUUAGCACCACGAUGUUGAGAGUACGAUGUGAAAUAAAAAAUUCAGACAUUUAAAACGAAAUGACCGUGAAUCUGCAAGUACCAGUGUUAUCGAUCUAGUGGACAACAACAUUUGAAGUUUCAACUGCAGUCCAAAUAAACAAGAUAGUGUACGGAGAAAAUGCCAACAUUAUCGACACGCCAUCAGGAAGAUCUAUUGGAAGAGAGUCCAGAGUUUGCAAUUGUGCCGGUUGAUAACUUCAAACAAAUUGGUAAACCCAAUGCCAUCGUUCGACCACUUCGUCACAAUAGGGAAGUAAUAGAAGGACAGCACCUCAUAAAUUUACAUCCGGAUUAUAAAUUAAUACGCGAGCUGGAAACACAGUUUAUUCGAAAAUCCAUCAACAGUAAAAGUGAUAGCAACAAUAACGUUAACACCGUCGAGUCUCAUAACACGGUUAUUUCUACAAGCAAAAAAACGGACCGUGGAAAACACAAUGAAUUCACCAAAGAGUUAGAUGCUAAGCUAAGGAGACUGCAGAACGAUUCAUCCAAACGAUCAUCCCAAAAUGGAAGCUCCCAGGACGUUAACAUCAAGAAAAAACCGCUCUUCAUUACGACCGUGCCGAAGGGCAUUUUCCUGCAGCCGAACAAGGACCUUCCCAUUCUUGCACCGUCCGCGUCCACUUUGCGUAGGCUAUAUGCCUACGAAAGCCGUCCAAGGAUUUUGACCGCCAACAGUCUCAGCAGUAACAAUAAUAACGAUAUCAAUCAUCCGAACCACAACCAUCAGAAUUCUUACAAGCAUGGUAGCCACAACAAACCCGAUCCUGAGUGUGACGUAGCGAAAGGAACGACUUUCGUGAGCAAUGGAAUCCCAAAGCACAACUGCACUAAUAGAAUUGCAAGAGACCACCAUACCAGUUACCAAAAUGUCAUGCACGAUCGGCGAGUCGUCCGAGGAAGCAAUUACAUCAAUGGCAUCGCACAAGCGUGGAACCCUUAUUUCGCGUAUGCUGGUCUUCUAUCAGGAAAGGGUGACGGAGAUAACAUCCAGAAAGAAUCUGAAGCUCGUCGAAGGCAGAUUUUACGAAAGAAGCACGUUGCGCGUAACCAACGGGGAAUCAUUGGCACUCCGCCUGCGGUGCGUGGACGCAAGCAUGAGAAUGUACAGACCGAAAAGUUUCUUGAAGAGCUUUUUGUUCGGCCACCUGAGAUGGAUGCUGGCUGUCAGACGGAUUUGUUCUUGAACAGACCCCCUUCACCGCCUUACAUUCCGCAAAAACUUGGCUGCGAUGCGGCCACCGAAAUUCUCGACGGCGAGUUGUUCGAUUUCGAUACAGAAGUACAGCCUAUCAUUGAUGUUCUUGUUGGACGCACCAUUGAGCAAGCGUUGAUUGAAGUGCUCCAUGAGGAAGAAAUUGCAGAGAUGAAACGACAACAGCAGCAGAUAAUGGCAAUCAGAGAAGCGGAACUUGCCGAGCUUCGACGUCUGGAGCUAGAAGAUCGAAAGUUGCAGGCAGAAAAGGAGCGAAGAAUUCUGCAAGACAAAAUUGCACAGAAUCUUGACAGAGAAAUGCAAGAACGCAUCACUGCUUCAAAGCUUUUACAGGGUAGAAUCGAUAACCUUAUGCCAAGUGUAAUUGAUGCAGUUGAGAACAUCAAAGAUGAUAGAGAUCGUGAGGAUUUCGAGCGACAAAUUGCUCCGUGGCUAGCUAAGGAAGUUGCACAAGAAAUCGGACAAAUGAUUGAUUCCAAGGAGCUGUUAGAAGAUAUUAUUCGAGAAGUACUAACCCUCAAAAGAAAUAAUCUUUUUGAAUCAUCAACCGUUCAAGCUGUCCAAGAUAUCCCUGAAGACACAAUAGACUUUGGCGAAAGCCAACCAGAAAGUGAUCAAUAUGAAGAAAAUGAAGCAAUUACUUUGAACAAAAAUAAACAAAGCAGUGAUAUUGAAGGAAAUGAACAUAAAUUAGACGGCACAGAUCAAAGCGAAAAGGCGAAGGAAAACAUUGAAAACGGUGAUUCCCAGAAAAAUUUGUGAUAGGUUGGGCCUUAAUAGAAAUAGAAUGUUGUGAAACUUUUGGGUAAUGACACAAAAUAAAAAAAUCAAAUUCAAUGAAUCAAGAAUUGUUUC